GUAAUCCGAGAAUGCAACAUCAGCCCUUCCCACCAGCACUUCCUUCCUUUUCCCGAACGUCCAGGAGGGAGGGCUGCGCUCUUAUAAACUCGCCCUGGCUCGCCGGCAUAUCAAAGGCUGCUUCGCCCUGGCUGCACCACGCAGCCCGACACUCCUGCUCCGGUACAGCCGCGAACAGCUGUCGCCACCAGCGCCCCGCGCCUCUCAGAACCGGCCGGGAUCGGACCGGCGGUGGCGCUUGCGCGGUCCCCGGCGCCUGCACGCGGUGUGCGGGCCAGCAUGCUGCGGGUCCUGCUCCUCGGCGUGCUGGGCUCUGCAGCCCUGGGUCUCCCGGCUCUCCCCCAGCCCCAGCCCCAAGGAAGCCAGUGCAUCGAACAAGACUGUUUUGCGCUCUUCCGGGGCCCUGCCACCUUCCUCGCCGCCAGCCAGGUCUGCGAGCGCCUGCGGGGCCACCUGAUGACCGUGCGCUCCUCGGUGGCCGCUGAUGUCAUCUCCCUUCUAUUGAGCGGCGGCGGCGGGGGCGAGAGCCCGCGCCUCUGGAUUGGCCUGAAGCUCCCGCCAGGCUGCAGCGAUCCAGGUCACCUAGAUCCCCUGCGGGGCUUCCAGUGGGUGACGGGCGACAACCAAACCAGCUACAGCAGGUGGGCGCGGCUCCGCGAGGCCCCCGCGCCUCUCUGCGGCCCGCUGUGCGUGGCCGUCUCGGAGGCUGGGGUCCCCGCAACAGGUGAGCCGUCCUGGGAGGAGCAGCAGUGCGCCACCGAGGCCGAUGGCUUCCUCUGCGAGUUCCACUUCGCAGCCUACUGCAAGCCUCUCGCGGUGCGGUCGGGUGCCCCGGCGACCGCCAGCAUCUCAGUCAACUACAGCACCCCGUUCGGGGCCCGAGGGGCGGACUUCCAGGCGCUGCCGCUGGGCAGCUCCGCCGAGGUGGCGCCCUUUGGGAUGGAGCUGGCGUGCGAGCUGAGGCCAGGGGAGACCGACGGCCGCUGGGGCCGGGCCAGGCCAGGCGCCUGGGACUGCGGCGUGGAGAACGGCGGCUGCGAGCACGUGUGCAACCGGAGCGCCGGGGAGUCCCGCUGCCUCUGCCCCGCGGACACCGCUCCGCAGGCCGACGGGCGCUCCUGCACCGCCGCCGAGGAGUGCGACAAACGCUGCCAGCACUUAUGCCACCGCAACCCCGACGUGCCCCGCGGCUACUCGUGCAUGUGCGAUGUGGGUUACCAGCUGGCUGCGGACCAGCACGGGUGCGAGGACGUGGACGACUGCAUGCAGGUGCCCAGCCCGUGCCCUCAGCUCUGUGUCAACACGCAGGGCAGCUUCGAGUGCCGCUGCCAUCCUGGCUACGAGCUGGUGAACGGUGAGUGCGUCGAGUCUGCGGACCUGUGCCUGGGAAAUAACUGCGAGUACCAGUGCCAGCCCCUGAAGGAGACGGACUCCCCGCCGUACCGCUGCAUCUGCGCGGAGGGCUUCGCUCCGGUGCCCCACGCCCAGCACAAGUGCCAGAUGUUCUGCAACCAGACCGAAUGCCCAGCCGACUGCGAUCCCAACUACCCGGACACCUGCCGGUGCCCCGACGGUUACAUUCUGGACGAGGGCUCAGUGUGCACCGACAUCGAUGAGUGCGCCAAUGGCAAUUGCAUCAACGCCCUUUCCUGCAAAAACCUCCCUGGCACCUAUGAGUGCAUCUGCGGGCCCGGGAUGGUCAAGACUGGCAACGACUGUGACCCCAUCCCCGUGAUUGAAGGCGGCGGCGACGACAGGGGCUCUGGGGAGUCUCCGGUCACCCCAACACCUGGCGUCACCUCCAGCCCCAGGCCUGCAGGCUCCGUGCACUCUGGCGUACUCAUUGGCAUCUCCAUCGCCAGCUUGUGUCUGGUGGUGGCGCUUUUGGCGCUCCUCUGCCACCUGCGCAAGAAGCAAGGCGCCAUGCAGGCUGAGCUGGAGUACAAGUGCGGGGUCCCCUCCAAGGAGGUGGUGCUGCAGCACGUGCGGACAGAGCAGAUGCCUCAGAAACUCUGAGGGGUCUCCCUCCCUGGCCCCAGGUGUGGGCUUGGCCCUUACCUGGCCUCCUCCCGGGCUGUCCCCAAAGCACCUUAGCUGGCAUCAGAACUGGAGGAGACCCCCAUCCCUUCUUUUGCUGACUCCAGGAAUGGCUGGGGAGGAGGGACUGGAAGGAGGAUGCACCCCAGUUACUUCCAUGAUGUCACCAGACUACUUACUGGGCAGAGACGGCAAUUUUAAAAUGCAUAUGAAGAUUGCAAAGUGCUCCGUGCCUUCUGUACAGCAGGAGGGGUGAGCACUAUUGGGCAGACUGUGAUCCGAUGGACUAGUGAGUGCGAUUGUGUCAUGUUGAUGACUAAGAUAUUUAUUUUUUUAAGUAUUUAGGACUUUUUUUCUAUUUCCCUACCUGUAUGUCUUCAUCCCCACAUUGCGUCCCUCCCUACCUUCCUGCUCUCUUUCUAACCUCCCCUAUCUAUGUAUUUAUAUACUCCCACUUGUCAAGUGGUAGUUAAACUAUGUUGGUGAAUUUUUUUUUCCAGCCUCUCACAUUUAUGAAGCCAAGCCUCAUUUUCCCCUCUCAUUCCUCCCAAUUUUCCCUUCCCAGGAACUGGGCCAACCCCUCUGAGUCACCUUACCUGAAUCUGACUCUACUUCUACUUUUAGCUGUCUGCCUAGGGCCUAGGCAGAGCUCUUAUGUGAAACAGCAAAAACACUAAAAAUAAGAAUGGCUGGGCAUUUGUUCUUUCACCAGAUUUGUGAAUUUAUCCUGAAGUUUCAUGCUUCCAGGGCCAAUAUCAUUUUAACAAAGGUUAAGAUGUGAGAGGCAUUUGUUAAAUUAAUGUUGCUGGACUGUCUUAGAAAGUCAACCCAAGGAGUUUUUAUUUUUAUUUUUUAAACAGUGAGCCUGGGUUUUAUUAUUGGUGUUGUUUUGAUUUGGACUGAAAGGUGGUCAUUGUUGUUAAGCUUUUAUGCAGUUUCCUUUUUCAUUUUUAUUAUUGUUGUUGUUAUUGUUAUUUUUAACAGUGUUGGAAUGUUCACAUGAUUGCUCUAGAUUGAAAGAAAAAGGAAUCAUCUCCCAGGAGAUAGUUUAAGAAAGUUAUGAGUUGCCUGAUUCAUGCCAAUUACCAUUUUGACUCACUGUUUUUGUCAUUUGCAGGCUAAAAUAAAACCAGCUUCACUGUUUUGGGGGCUUUGGGAGUUUGGGGAUGGUACCUGGCGGAUGCCCAGGCCAGGCCCUCACCUUGAUCAAGCCCUUGAGAAUGUCUCCCACUUCAGAGGGGCCUUCUCACCUCAUUCACUUGGAACUUGCUCCCCACAAGAAAUGGGGGUUGCCUUUGCCCUCCCCCAGCAGCUGGUUAGAAAUGCAGAAACUUGGGCUCCAUGCCACUGACCGCAUGAGAAUCUGUAUUUUAGCAAGAUCUGCAGGGGGUUAUCUGCCAGUAUGGUUUGAGGAGAAUGGUUUCAGACAGCUUCCAACUUUUGGAAUUGAGUAUACGGGGAUCAAUAAUGAGUAGCAGGCCAAGUCAAGGUCUUUAUUUUCAAGAAACUGAGGAAUCUUAAUUUCCAGUGGAAAAAACUAGGUACACCCCUUAAAACAUCAUUAAACAGGGUUUUUGGUUCAACUAAGCUAGGAAUGAAAUUAUGAAUGGGAAAAAUGUGUAUCUUUUGUGACAACGAUUUUUUUCCUACUAUUUUGUAAACUCAGCAUAUUUGUACAUAUUUAUUUAUUGGAGAUAAACUAGAACACGGGCAAAACCCUUGCUUAUGAUAUCACUUAUAGAAAAUAAACAAAUAACGGUG